AAAAAUCUAAAAAUCAAUUCAAAUUGUUUUUUUUUUUUUGUCAUAACUUAAAAGAACAUCUCGAUCUCCUUUCUCCUUCUUCUCGAUUCAAAGCCUGAGGAGGUGUUCAAGGCACCUCUUCGGAUUCAAUUGCUUCCCCCUCCGUCUUUACAAUCAAAUUAGAAAUGGCGUCCGAGAUUUUCAAUGACAAGAAUGCUGUUUUCAAAAAGCUGAAAUCGAAGUCGGAGAACAAGAUGUGCUUCGAUUGUAACGCGAAGAACCCAACUUGGGCUUCAGUUACAUAUGGGAUCUUUCUCUGCAUCGAUUGCUCGGCCGUCCAUCGCAGUCUCGGCGUUCACAUCAGCUUUGUUAGAUCUACGAAUUUAGACUCCUGGACUCCUGAACAGCUGAGAACAAUGACCUUUGGGGGAAAUAAUCGCGCACAGGUUUUCUUUAAACAGCAUGGAUGGACAGAUGGAGGCAAAAUUGAGGCCAAAUAUACAUCACGAGCUGCCGAGUUAUAUAGGCAGAUACUUUCUAAAGAAGUAGCAAAAAGUAUGGCAGAAGACGCAGGUCUUCCACCAUCACCUGUUGCGUCUCAGUCGGGACAAGCAUCUAAUGGGCUUCCUGAUAUCAAGACCAGUGAAGCAAUAAAAGAAAAGCCUAUAGCAAGGCAAGAAACACCUGAAGUUUCUGAUUCCCCCAAGGCCCCCCAUGUAUUUGUUACCAGUACCGUCAAGAAGCCCCUUGGUGCUAAGAAAACUGGGAAAACUGGGGGACUUGGUGCUCGCAAACUCACUACAAAGCCAAAUGAAAGUCUAUAUGAUCAGAAGCCUGAAGAACCAGUUAUCCCGGUAGUUUCCUCAACCAAAAGCACUCCACCAGCUGUCACACCCCUUGCUUCUCGAUUUGAGUAUGUAGAAGCUCUUCAAACUACUGAUAUGAAUUCUAAUGGCGCUAGUGUAACUGGCCAUGUUUCUGCACCCAAGUCAUCGAGUUUCUUUGCGGAUUUUGGAAUGGAUAGCAGUUAUCCCAAGAGAACUAGUUCAAACUCCUCAAAAGUGCAAAUUCAGGAAACUGAUGAGGCAAGGAAGAAAUUCACAAAUGCAAAAUCUAUUUCUUCCGCACAAUUUUUCGGUGAUCAGGGCAAAUCUGCUGACGUUGAUGCUCAAGCCUCCUUGCAGAAGUUUUCUGGUUCUGCUGCCAUCUCCAGUGCUGACCUUUUCGGUGACAGAGAAGAUAUCCCUCUUGAUCUUACUGCGGGUGACCUUAUUAACCGUCUAUCUUUUCAGGCACAGCAGGAUAUCUCCUCUUUAAAAAAUAUUGCAGGAGAGACCGGGAAGAAGCUUAGCUCCUUGGCAUCCAAUUUAAUGACGGAUCUUCAGGACAGAAUCCUCUGAUUUUGAUAUGCUUUGAGUUCGUUUGUUAAUGUAUCAAUCCCUUAUCUAUAUGUAGUGGUUGUAAAAAGAGUUCAUUAAAUUCUUUUAAAGUGUUAUGUCUUGUGAUAAUUCUCGAGGCUUAACAGUGGCUUAUGUUGUAGCUGAGGUAUUGGUUUGAGAUCUGAGUUUUAUCAGUUUGCAAAACCAAACUUAAGUUUUCUGCCUUUUGUUGAAAGAGCGAGGCAAUUCUAUUUGAACUCCAAAUUAUCAUUUGCUCUUUGGCAAUGUUAAUCUUGUAUACUUUAAACAAUAAUGUUAGCUCCUCCCAACUUUUCAUUA